CGUUUGUGUAAGUGUUCUACUGCUUCCAGCUGAGGCCUGGGCAAUAACGGUGGUGGAGCAUUUACUUCUGCUGCUGAAGACACUAAGAUCGAGCACCCUGACAGCUGGUCUCUCUCCUGCUACAUUCAAACAAUGUGCUGAUAUUGAUCAUCUUUGAAGGUAUACUCAAAUUGCAGGCAUGAGAGAAGAUCAUCAAUGGAUAACAACUUUAAGAAUAAAGAAUGCCAUGUGUCAAAUGAUUUUGAUCAAGAAGUAGAAGUGGUCAAUCACUGGCAAAUCUGUAGCUGUCAAAUUAACCUGUAAAGCGGGUAGUAACAUGAUUAACCAAUAGGAUUAGAUAAUUGCAUCUGGCUAAUGGUAGUAGGAGUAAAUGUCGAACAUCAUCGCAGUUUGUUCAUGAUUUUUAGCGACAUACAUGAAUAAACAAAGCUCACUAUACCAGGCUUUCAAAGGGUAUGCAAAGAAAACAGCCGCGAUGUAAAAUCUUCAUAGUGGAGCACAAUUGCUGUGCCCCUGAUCGUGGCCUGUCUAUAACUACCAGCAGUUGGGUGUCCAGACUUCUUCCGCAUUUUCCUACGACUUUCGGGCUGUGACGUGAGUGCUGACGGCGGCCUUGGUGCUGGCGGAGCUGGGGGCUGUAGCGAUUAUCAGUGGAGCUUCGAAAAUCUCGGCCCCUCCCUCCCUGCGCCUCAGCGGCCCGCCCAGCUAGCACAAACUCCCGAUUGAAUCCUGCCCGAGUCUGGGGAAACCGGACGGCCUGGAAAUCGAGAGAGGCCAACCUGUACUACACAAUCUGUGCUGCAGUGACAAAUGAGGUGUAAGGACAAUGGAUGAGGAUGAGACAAGGCUUGCACUCCAUUCCCAGGAUCCUAAAAUCAUUCUCCAUGGAUCAGAUGAGGGUGGUGCUGAAGGGGAGGAGUUUGUGGUGGAGCUGCAGGAGACGGUCCUGGUGGGGGAGGGGGAGGGAAUGGCGGUGCAUGGAUUCUCUUCAGAGGAGCUGGUGAUCCAGGAUGCUGUUGAGGAUGUGGUGUCUGAGUAUGUGCACUGUGAUGAGGACGAGGAGGUUGCUGUGGAGACAUGUGUGAUGUCGCUGGAGGGGGAGGACGAAGGCGUUGCCAUGGGGGACAUGCCUGAGGAUGAGAUGGUGGCAGACGGGCAUGCCCAGGAUGAACUGGACCCAGAGCAAGACACAGACGGCUGUGGGGACUACCUCAUGAUCUCCUUGGAUGAGGCAGGCAAGAUGGUGUCAGACGACGGUACAGAGGUGACUGUGGAGGGAGCCGUGGAGGACCAGGUGGAGAAGGACGAGGAUGGCCAGGAGGUGAUCAAGGUGUAUAUCUUCAAGGCAGACUCUGGGGAGGAUGACCUGGGAGAAACAGAGGACGUGGCACUGACGGACUCUACAGGCCGAGCGCUCCGAGAGAAGAUGGUGUACAUGUCCCAAGGGGACCAUGGUGCAUCAAAGAUAUCUGAUGAGGUUUACAUGGAGGUGGUGGUGGGGGGUGAGGAGCCAGUGACCCAUGAGCGGUCUUACGACGGCACGGCUCUCAGUAAGGACUUCAUGCCUGUGGCUUGGGCAGCCGCUUAUGGUUCUGAGGACAGUGAAAGCUGUGAGAACAGGAACGGUGCCGCCAGUGCUCUGCUGCACAUUGACGAGUCAGACGGAGUGGACAAGGUCAACAGGCAACGGAACAAGAAUAAGAGAACAAGGGCUGAGCCUCGCCAGGUCCAGACAGCCAUCAUUAUUGGUCCAUAUGGCCAGCCUCUGACCGUAUACCCCUGCAUGCUCUGUGGCAAGAAGUUCAAGUCGCGAGGCUUCUUGAAGCGCCACACCAAAAACCACCACCAAGAUGUCCUGACCAGGAAAAAGUACCAGUGCACGGACUGUGACUUUACCACCAACAAGAAGGCAAGCCUUCAUAACCACAUGGAGGGGCACACACUGAGCAGCAAGGGUCUGUUUGAGUGUGAGGUGUGUGGCAAGGAGUUCCACCAGCAGGCGGCGCUCUUCUCACAUCGACUGCAGCACCACCACCGUGAGCCCAAGAGUCCGGUGCCUUCACAGGCCAACAAGAUGCACAAGUGUAAGUUCUGUGACUACGAGACGGCUGAACAAGGUCUGCUCAACCGCCACUUGCUGGCUGUCCAUAGUAAGAGCUUCCCUCACAUCUGUGUGGAAUGUGGCAAGGGCUUCCGGCACCCCUCCGAGCUGAAGAAACACAUGCGCACACACACCGGCGAGAAGCCUUACUCUUGCCUCUACUGCGACUACAAGUCGGCUGAUUCCUCCAACCUGAAGACUCAUGUCAAGACCAAACACAGCAAAGAGAUGCCCUUCAAGUGUGAGCGCUGCUUCCAGACAUUUGCUGAGGAGGAGGAGUUGCUGCAGCACGGGCUGACGCACGAGGAGGCCAAAACCCACCUGUGUGCCCAUUGUGAACACAAGAGCUCCAACUCCAGUGACCUGAAGCGCCACAUCAUAUCGGUGCACACCAAGGACUACCCCCACAAAUGUGCCGUCUGCGAUAAAGGCUUCCACCGGCCGUCUGAACUGAAGAAGCACUCGGCGUCGCACCGUGCCAAGAAACUGCACCAGUGCCGGCACUGCAACUUCAAGAUCGCGGACCCCUUUGUGCUCAGUCGCCAUAUCCUGUCAGUUCACACCAAGGAGCAACAGGCCUCUCCUGAAAAGAACGGGGCCAAAAGGACCUUAUUGGGGCCUUCCCCUGCCAGUGCACCGAUGGCAAGGAAGCAGGUUUUGGUACCUGGUGCUAGUUCUAGUGCUGCGGGCAUGGCCAAGGGGCCCAGGGAGAGGAGGGUGUACCAGUGUCAGUACUGUGACUACAGCUCUGGGGAUGCCUCGGGCUUCAAGCGCCAUGUGAUCUCCAUCCACACAAAAGACUACCCCCACCGCUGUGAGAUCUGCUCUAAAGGCUUCCGCAGGCCCUCGGAGAAGAGCCAGCAUAUCGCACGCCACCACAAGGACUUAGUGCAGGCAGAGUGACCCUGGCACAACCUACCCCUCAUACCACAACAAAAACACAAAUGGAACCACUACCACACCGUAAUAAAUUGUAUGUAUGUAUACUGAACAAAAAAUAUAAAUGCAACAAUUUCAAACAUU